AUGAACUCCAAGUCUCUGACCUUUGGCCCACGUAACUAUCAUAACCACAGACAAAGAAAAAAGGGAAUAACACAAAGGAGCACUCUAACAAUACGCGCAUCCCCCAAUUUUUUAAGCAGCAUAAUUACACCCUUGUCCAAUGAAAAAUUUAAAAAGUACUUCCUCUUCCGUUGCCUCUCUCGCACAUGCGUGUCGUUAAGUAGCGCCUUCUCGCUCAACGCAAAAAUACACUUGUAUAAGAAGAACGGUGAUAAUAUGUUGCUGACCCAGGUCCUAAUAUAUAAUGAAAUUAUAAUCAAGGUGUUGAAAGUCUGUUGGUUGUACAAGCUAAGAUUGUUUGUGGAUACUAAUAUAAAAUUGUGUAGAAUUCUGUCGACUGUCUUUUACGUCAUUGGUAUUUAUUUGGACCUACUAUCUACUCUCGACUUUUUUAAAAAUUCGUUUUUUUUCCCUUGUACUUUGUAUGUCCUUUCGUCGACCCUGAAAAGUUUAAGUGUCAUGACAUAUGCGUCGAUCCGAUCUGCCACUUACCUUCGCAUCUGUGAAAUGUUGAACAACCCAAAAACGGAGAGUACGCCUUUGGUGCUUCAUAAGGGUGUUCGAACAACAAGAGUGGAAAACACAAAUGAUGAUCACUCACUUGUUCAGGAGCAGAAUGGGGAACCUACAGAUGGCGUAAAGUCGAAGCAGGAAAAGGAAGCAAUGAACUUGGCGGAAGAUACACACGUAUGUAUUCAUGGUGCAGAGCAGACAGACAACACCCCUCGGGUGAGUGUGCCAAAUGGGACCCCCCAAACUGAACGGGGGAACAUUUAUAGCAGUGGCGAUAAUAACCCCCUCAAUAGCGUGAAGAAGACUUACUUCAUUGGCGAAGUCAGCGUCCUCAACGAUUUACUGGCCUCCCUUGUGGACCUCUUCACCAUUGUGCUUCUCGCACGCACCACCAAAUACAUAAAGGAAAAAAUUUAUUUUUACUUCCUCCUGUCCUCUCUACAUUUGUUCUUUUCCUACAAGGAGUUGCAGUGCUUGUUGAAGUAG